AUUUGUUCGCCGUGACAUGACUGCAGGAAUGGCAUGCACGAGUGCCCAUCAAUUUUGGGACGGCUGUUUGAGGUGGAUGGCCUCAUAAACCGCUUGCCUGGUAUUGAUUUCGACGGAUUUCAUCAGCAUUUCAGUCUGCACAUGCUCACUUAGUGCUUCUAUGUACAAUACUGCGCGGGAUGGCCAUACGCUCUAAUCUUUCGAAUGGCGAAGAGCCUACGUAUGGUAAGCGGUUACUGCCUCACAUCCUUCGCGAUGCAUCGAAGGCAGAGCCUUCCAAGCCAUUGGCGUUGCUCUUCGAAAGUCGAGAUCUGUCGAAACCACCAAGAACCGUGACCGCUGCUGAAUUACAGGCGGCGGUAAAUACUGUCGCCUGGUGGAUAAGAGGCAAGUUUGGUGAAAGCAGAGACUUCGAAGCACUUGCAUAUAUUGGGGUCUCAGACCUACGCUACCAGGUGGUGCACAUAGCAUCCAUCUUAUGCGGAUACAAGCUGCUCUGCAUAUCCGUACGAAAUUCUGAUGCUGGAUACGUAUCUCUACUGGAGGUCACAAAAUGCACCAAGUUUAUCUGUACCUCUGAACUUGUCGGACGCGGAAAACAGAUGAGAGACCUCGUAAAAGGGCUUCGGCUACACCAGCUGCCGUCAUACCAGGAAAUUAUUGCAACCAAGACAGAUGACUAUGUUUGGAACAAGACUUUUGCGGACGCAGAAAAUGAUCCAAUCUUGAUAUGUCAUACUUCAGGAUCGACUGGAGCACCAAAGCCGAUCACUCUGACGAACGGAAACUGGGCCGUCGUGGACAACCUUCGAAAGAUUCCCAAGAUCCCUGGGCGGAAAAACCAGGAUUGGUCACUAUUCAGUUUCGAGGAUAGAGAUCUUUUCAUAUCGAGCUUUCCACCUUUCCAUGCAACUGGAAUGAUUGCUGGCAUGCUACCGCUGAUGUACAACUCGAUCUGUGUGUUCCCACCACCAGACCGGCCUGCUACCGGUGCAAUUUGCCUUGGAAUGCUGGAGUGUCUGGACCGCCUGAAUCUCAGGGUGCGAGGGGUUCUAGUGCCCCCAACUGUGGUAGAACAGUUGAUUCUCGAAGAAGACAAGGGUCUAGACUACUGCUCGAAGCUUGACUUUGUCAUGUUCACGGGUGGACCAUUGGCACCUUCUGUUGGCGAUCGCCUGAGUCAGGUGGCGGAUAUCUGCCAACUGAUUGGGUCGACAGAGACUGGGCCAAUUCCUGGCGUCGUACCUCGACGGGAGGAUUGGGCUUACUUUGAGUGGCAGCCGUUCUACAAGAUUGAUAUGGAACCUCGAAUGGACGACGAUUUCGAAUUGACUAUACGGCAAGAUCCCAAACUCCGCUGGAUAAGGACGGUUGCGCACACCAUGCCGGACCAACCAACCUGGUUCUCCUCAGACCUGUAUCGCAGGCAUCCCGGAAAGUCACAUUUAUGGCGCUUUCAUGGUCGAGCAGAUGACGUUGUCGUUCUGUCCAAUGGGGAGAAGUUCAAUCCUGUGCCAAUGGAGGCAAUCAUUCAAGGCCAUCCCUUGGUUAAUGGUGCGGUCUACUACGGGCAAGGAAAAUUCCAACCGUCAUUACUGAUUGAGCCAAAGUCAGAGGUGCCUGACAGCUAUCAGAAUGUAUUCAUCGACCAAGUAUGGCCGAUAAUCGAAAAGGCCAAUCUGGAAGCUCCCCAACAUGCCCAGAUAUUUCGGGACAAGAUAGCAAUAUCUUCACUUACAAAACCGUUAAAUCGAGCAGCGAAGGGGACUAUUGUUCGGAAACUAACACUCAAAGACUACUCUAGCGAACUUGAAGCGUUAUAUUCGGACCCUCCUGAACUGCAGCUGGAGCAAUUAUCUCCGCUGGACGUUCCCACGAACAUUGACUCUGUGAGGGAUUUUGUCCGGCAGUCAUUGAGCGGGCUGAACCAGAUACCCACAUCGGAUAGGGAAGACCUCUUCUCCUUGGGUAUGGAUUCCUUACAGACUCUACAAUUAGUAAAACGCCUCAAUGCACGAUUUGGUCUUCAAUUGGGGCGACAUACUGUGAACGCAAAGCAAGUCUACGCUCAUCCAACAGUGGAAGGCCUCUCAAGUUAUAUGCUCGGUCUGUCACAGAGCAAGCAGAAUGGCCAGGUCGAUGGACAAGAUGUGACAAGUGGGAGGGAAUCCAUCAUGACGAGUCUCAUAAACCAAUACACCAAGCAUUGGCGAUGCUCGCAGGGUUCUUGCAACACAGUUGUUCUUACUGGUACGACGGGCUCUCUCGGAACGCACCUCUUGGUUUCUCUGCUUUUGGACAAGUCUGUUCGUCGAAUAUACUGUUUGAACCGCACAGAAGAUGCCAAGGAUCGCCAAAGGGGAGCAUUCCAAAAUGUGCAAGCGAAUCAGGAUGUGAACGAUUCGAGACUGAGAUUUUGGAAAGUUGAUCUUGCACGAGCAAAGUUUGGACUUCAAGAAGAUCGCUUUGGCGAGCUUCUACAGGAAACAGACUGCGUUAUACACAACGCCUGGAAGGUCGAUUUCAACCACAGUGUGAAAUCCUUCCAAGGAGUUAUCGCAGGGCUUUGUGGACUUGUUGACUUUACAAAACUGAGCCACCGCCGACCACAUUUCGUGUUCGUCUCAUCAGUGUCCUCCGUGGGCAAUUGGUCUACAAUCAUGGGACAUGAAACACCAGUCCCAGAGUCGCCCAUGACUGACUGCGCAGUUGCACAACAUCAAGGCUAUGGGGAGUCCAAGCAUAUCUCAGAGCAAAUCUUGCAAGUUGCAGCAAAUGAAUUCAGCCUUCGUGCCAGUAUACUGCGUGUUGGUCAGGUUGCCGGGCCUAUCCGGAGAGGAGGAUGCUGGAACAAAGCCGAGUGGUUCCCAUCACUAAUCCAGACAUCAAAGGCUUUAGGCAUGAUACCAGAAGCCCUUCCCGAGGUCAAUUGGAUCCCAGUUGACGUCCUUGCAGACAUCGUGGUCGACAUCAUCCAUUCACCAGUUGUGGAAAGUCCAGCUAUCUUCAACCUGGUCAAUCCAAAGCCUGUCCAAUGGGCAAGUCUUGUACCCUCAAUCCAGUCGAGGUUUGGCGCUGGAAAAUUGACGGCAGUACCAUUGGAUGAAUGGAUCACGGCAGUUCGGUCCAUUGAUAUGGGAGAUACCGACGCUGUGAACGCAGCUCCGGCGGUUAAAAUCAUGGAUUUCUUCGAGGCCAUUGCACAGACUAAUGCCGUCAGUCCCAAAUACACCACAAGCAUGGGGCCAGCCAUCAGCAAAACCAUGGGCGAUCUGGGGGCUGUAAAUCCAGGUUGGAUGGAAAUCUGGCUUUCUCAGUGGAACUUCUGAGGCGGCACUCGCGCAGAUCAGAUGGAAAGGUUCAUCGAUCCCGCGUCGGCACAAAGGGCAUCA